AUGGAUAUUGCUUCCCCUGGUCUUGACGAUCAAUUGAAGUCUGAAUUCGAGGGUCUCGUCCUGAAGGCUCGCCGCGGCGAGUUGGACGAUUGGGCUACCAACGCAAAAGGCAGCCUUGCAUUGAUUGUUCUACUUGAUCAAUUUCCAAGGAAUUUAUAUCGCGGUUCCUUGGACGCAUUCGCUGCUGAUGGAAAGUCAUGGGAGAUGGCUACGAACGCCAUCGCUCAAGAUUUUGACGAGGACAAGGAGAUAACUGUGUAUCAGGCCUUUGCCUUUUACAUGCCGUUGAUGCAUCAGGAAACAAACAUUUCGCUGAUCGCCGCUCGUGGUUGUUUGAAGGCCUUGAGAGGAGGUGCACGAAUGAGGAAGAACGCGACUGGAUCGGCAAGGCUAUAUAGGUGCUUCGAAAGGCCAUAUGGAGCAAUUGCAGAAGUUCGGAAGGUAUCCCACUAGGAAUGCGCUUUUGAGUCGAAAAAACACAGAGGCUGAUGAAGAGUUUUUGAAGGAGCAGAAACAGAGUGUGUAA